AUAGGUCCGAGAUUUCAGUAUGAGGGCGCUGUAUGCACCUUUGCAUUUGAAUCACUGUGUUACUCAUCUAAUAUAUAGUCAUCAUGAGUCUUUAGUCGGAAGCCGUCAGCUGUUGUGUCAAGUGAACUUCCUUAACCAACAAAAUAAGUGAAACUUAUCGGUAAUACAACGUACCAGUAGUGACCAUAAUAGUGAAACUAUUAUUAGUAAUCGAAGGUGUAAUAAGUUUGAAAGUAUUGGUUAAUAGGAAGGAGAUUUCGAAAUACCGAUUACUUAUGCGUCUCAUGAACGCGGAGAAAUCGUAAUUGAUGACAACUGUCUUGAUGGACUGCAUAAUUCCUUUUUAGUGAAAGUAGAAAAUAUUGAGUCAUCCUAAUUUUGCGAGAAAAAUAAUGAAACUGUAGUGACCCAUAAUACCACUCACAAUGUUCAAAGAAAAUGAUAGCAGUUCAGGAGGCUGCAGUGGUACAGCUCCUCGACCACGGAGAAUAUUACCAAGAUUUUCCUUACGUCGGUUAUUAUACUCAAGUCCACUUAUUGGACGUCGAAUUGUGAGGACACCUAGUUCCAGCAAUAGGAAUGCUAAAACUAAAGAACCAGCUGGCAGUCGAAUUAUAGAUGUUGAGAAAGGAGAAGCCAGAGUAAGUAACGGUUCGAGCCAUUUUCAGUUUCAGAACAUAGAUCUACAACGUGCUUCCAGUAAAGGCUCUGUACUUUCUUCUGCCGGAAAGAGCAAUGAAAAUGGUUUAAUGGAAUGUCCUUUAUGCUUGGCUGAACUACCUGUGGAAUUUUUUCCUGUGGUUCAGUCAUGUCAUCAUCGUAGUUGCUAUGACUGUUUUCAACAAUAUCUGAAGGUUGAAAUUUCAGAAUCUAGAGUUAACAUAGCAUGUCCUGAAUGUUCAGAGCCAUUACAUCCGAACGACAUUCGAAUGAUUUUAAACGAUCAAACGCAGUUGGAAAAAUAUGAAGAUUUUAUGGUACGAAGAGUUCUUGCCGUAGAGCCUGAUGCUAGAUGGUGUCCUGCACCAGAUUGUAGUUUUGCAGUUAUUGCUAGUGGUUGUGCUUCAUGUCCGAAAUUACGUUGCGAGCGACCAGGAUGUGAUUUUUAUUUCUGUUACCACUGUAAAGCACGAUGGCAUCCUAAUCAAACAUGCGAUGCAGCUAGAGCACAACGUACUCAGUACUAUGAACGUAGUUCUUCUCUAAGUUUUAGUCAAAGCGAUUCACAGCACAGAGACGAUAUUAAACCAUGCCCGAGCUGUCAGGUUCUUAUAGUUAAAAUGGACGACGGUAGUUGCAAUCACAUGAAUUGUUCUGUGUGCGGUGCUGAAUUCUGCUGGUUGUGCAUGAAAGAAAUCACUGAUCUUCAUUACUUAAGCCCUUCUGGCUGCACGUUUUGGGGUAAAAAGCCGUGGUCCAGAAAAAAGAAGAUACUGUGGCAGCUUGGAACUUUAGUCGGAGCCCCUGUUGGAAUUGGCCUUGCUGCUGGUAUAGCUGUACCUGCUAUGAUUAUAGGAAUACCAGUGUGGGUGGGAAAAGAACUGUACACGAGGUACGAAAAAGCCAACAAGCACAAGAGGAAUGCCUUCGUUGUAGGAGGAGUAACUGCAUCCAUCUUGGUGUCCCCGAUAUUAGCAGGAUUAGCCGUGGGUAUUGGUGUACCCAUUUUGCUGUUCUACGUGUACGGCGUGGUCCCCGUUUCCCUUUGUCGAAAUGGAGGCUGUGGUGUCUCCACAAAUGGCACGGAAGUUCGAGUUGACUUCGACGACGAAAACGAAUUAAUGGGUUCAUUGGGUGCGCGCAACGGUGGAGACGCAGCAUCGAUAGAUGUGGCGAGUCACCGUGGCGGUAAUCCUUCGAUAGGAGAGGCUUCGCUUUCGUUGGGUAGCGGAAGUCAGUUGGAGAAACUGGGUGGGGAGAAUGAUCGUGAGAGUGCCAGUAACGUAGCCCUUGCUGGUACCAGUAUCGCGGGAAGUAUAGUCCUUCCGGGAGGCAGGAGGUUGGAAGUUCAAGCGGACGUGACGUCUACCCAACGAUUUAGCUUGUGCAGCGAAACUGCGUCUGCUGCGACCAGUUUAUCAGAGAAGUCUGUAAACGCGUCUAUUGCUUUGGACGAUGGCGCAGCUUCCACGAGAGCUUUGGCAGGCUCUGUUCUCAAUUUCAAGAUGGAUGGCAGUUCAAUCAGUGGCGGAAGAAGUACGGAAGGAGAGCAGGCAACAAAUUCCGUCGCUGGCGGUCACAUGGAUUCGGCUGGACAAGCUACAUCUUUGAGCUCGCUCGAGGAGGUGGCGCCUGGUUUAGCAAAAAGAGCUCGUCGCAAACCGACCUUAGACCGUCAGUGCAGCGAUUCAAGUAAUUGGACUGUCUGCGGAGAAGACGGAGGUUCUGAACGCGUCAGGUUCGAUGAUCACGUUAGUUUCAUCGAGGCUGAUCAGGAGGGGGUUGUCAGCACGUGUGGAGUGAACAACCGGAACACCGGAAGACGUAAGCGCAAUAAGGAAUCGGAACCAGAAACGGAAGUUCAGAAGACUGCGAAAAAUUGUAAUGGUGACUCAAAGGCUGACUCAUCGACAGAGGAUAACGUCUCACGAGAACGGGUUAAUGUCGCCACUUUGAGGAACGUCUUCUUCCAUAGCUCUACGGCAUCCACUGAUCGCGAGAAACGACUGUCGGUAAUAGAAGAGCCGUUUCCAGCAGGAGCACAAAAUAAUAACGCUCGUUUCAUGACACCUUCUAAUGACGGAUGCAGUACUAUUAAUGCAGAUGAAGAUUCAAGCUCUUAAGAAAAUAAAAAAAGACUGAGUAUUUAUGUAAUAAUAUACAUGCGUCCUUUAAAUACGAGACAUGUAAAUGCGUAUUUACAUAUAUGUGUAUAUAUGUAUUUAAGUGUACACCAUGGGCGUGAAAAACGCUGAACUUACUGGUAUUUAUGCACCGUGUAUAAACAUACUAUGAAUGUAAUGGAGGUACUUCGUUCAGCGAAGUACAUGGAAGUGAAUGUAUAUUCAUGUGUUUUAAACACACGUGUGUAUAAAUAUGUAAUGUUCAUACGUGUAUAUAUUUAUAUACAUAUACUUAAGGGCCUCAAGUUUGCUAUAAAAGAUCGCAAUGAGUUCAACGCGAAAGAUCUUGAUUUUGUGCCAAUGCUUCGUUUCGGCAAGGAUUUACAUUGUUGUACGCAGGAAUUACGUUCUCGUAUAUAAGACGCAAUGUUUACAAAUGUAAAGUAUUGAAUUUGUUUAGAAUUUUUCAAUUUUACGAUUAGGUGAAGUUCCGCGGAUAGCUGACAUUUUCACGCCAUAAAAAUUAGA